AUGGAUCCUUCUCAAAUCGAGACACCGCCGAUGUCACUUCCGCAGGCGAAUGCAAGGCCGCUUCUUCCUGAAACGCAACCGCUAAACAUUGGCCCGGCGGGUAGAAGGCACUCGGACAUGGCUUCUACAAUGUACGCAUCUGCUCCGUCUCCAUCAUUCGCUCAAGGCAUGUCGAACCCAGUUAUGCAAGGUGCUCCUAUGGGUAUGGCAAUCCGGCCUCCCAUGCCAACGCCGAUGGGUCCACCAAUGAGUUCGCCGAUGGGCUCACCGGUGGGUUCUCCCAUGGUAUCACCGAUGGGUCCGCCGAUGGGUCCUGCAAUGGCUCGCCCGAUCGCUCCGGCUAUGCGACCACCGACCGGCUUCCCAGUUGGUCCACCGAUGGGUCCACCGAUGGGCCCACCAAUGGGUCCAACAGUGGGUCCACCAAUGGGUCAUCCGAUGGCUCGCCCUAUGGCUCCGCCUACGCGACCACCGAUGGAAGCGUCUGCUCGUGCACCCACUGGCCCAACGGCGAAGUCCUUAAUGGCCACAGGUGAUGCAGCUAAGCAGCCACCAGCUGCCGACAUCCCAACGCACGCAGCAUCUGCGGCGCCUAAUACGCCCGCACACACACGUGACUCACCCGAGUUCAAGCGCCUAGAGGUCAUUAAAGUCACACCUCCAAAUGUGAAGGAAGCGCGCCGUUCAUUCGGUUAUUCAUCAGAGCCACCUAAGCCGCCAUCAGCCGAUCCAUCUUCCAUAUUCAAUCCUGUCGAGCCAACCACGGAGGCGCCUUCUGGCCCUCAAGUGGUGCCACCAGCUCUUCCACCACGCAGAAGCCCUCCUCUGCGCAAGCGUCCAGACCAUGAUGCUGCUGCACAGACGCCCGCAAAUGCGCCUCCGCCAGCAGACGCUGCGGAUUCAGCACUGGCAUCUGAGCGUACACCCAAGGCCACGCCCACCAAGUUACCAUCUCACCACGGCCAAGAUUGGGGCGUACCAGACGGACCGUCAGCGCCUUGGGCAGUGUCGGAAUCUGCUUGGCCCCACGAGAACCAGAAUGAAUCGCUGCUUGCGGAUGUCGAUACUGUUGAGCCAGUGACGUCUCUUCCCAUUGGCACGUCCGAACCUACAUCAGACAAGCCCUCAAGUGUAGCGACAGAUGUCCUCUCAUCUACCUCCGCACCGACGGAAAAGAUGGCGACGCCACCUGAAUUCCCCAGCAACUUGCCAGCUGUUGAUACUGCGGAGGAAGCUCCGAUGACAGGUCAUGACACACUUGAGCCUGAUCGAAUGUCUACGCGAGCAACAGAGCCUAUCAAGAAUCAAUCCCACGAGCCAACGUUGCGCGAUCUUAGCGAGCAAGGCAUUGUUCCGGAGCGGACACACCAAGAUGCAGCAUCAGUCAAGCAGACGGUCAUGAAUGAAUCGGAGAUGGUUUCUGCGCCUCAUGUGCCCGUGGACUUGACCGGGAAAGAGUCUGCUCCCUUCACAACAAAUGCGCCUGAGACGGAGCAUGUGUCGGAGCCAUCUGGACUGUCAGCCAAUACACACGUUCCUGUUCACCCAGUGCCUGGCGAGAAGGAUGUGACCGUGCUCCCUGCAACACAACAUGGCGAUGUGCCAUUACAUAAAACUGUGCCGGAACCUGUCUCUGUCCAGGACUCGGUCGUCCAGCCAGGGCCAUCAGGUGUGCCUGUACCAGAGUCUCUGGCGAUCCAUGAUACUGUUGCAGAGACAGCUCUUAUUGAUGAGACGGUGGUUCAGACCACGACAAUGGAGGAUUCUGUGACUGAGGCCCCUGUUCCGCCGACGAAGUCGGAGCUAGAGUCAGAGCCAGAGCCAGAGCCAGAACCAGUGCCUGGUGAGCAUACGUCCGUGCCGCUUGACUCGCAGAUUCCUCCACCACUGCCCGAGAAGUCUGUUCAGAACUCUCAGCCUGUCCAAGAAACCGUGCCCGUUGACACUUUGGCAACAGAAGCGCUGGAAUCUGAGCCACUGCCUAAGGCCACACACGAUGCCGAGGCAUCUGUAUCUGAGUCUUUGCCAUCUGCGACACAGGAGAGUGCCAAUGAUGUACAUCCCGCUCAGACCCAGCCGCCUGAGCCAUUACAUUCGUUAGAGCAUGUGUCCGAGCCAGUGCCUGAGCAUGAAUUAGCGACGGAAACGCUUCCUGAUCAAGAGCCAUUGAGCGAUCUGCUUCGCUCUAGUAGUCAUGCCGAUGACACUAACGCCACUGCCGCCGCGGCCGCCGCCGGUGUUGCAGGUGCGGCUCUAGGUGCUGCUGCGGCUGCUACUGCCGCUGUCACUGAUAGCAUGCCGUCGAAAGAGGAAGCACGCAUCGAUACUUUGUCGUCUGUUCCACCAGAAACAGAAGCUCGCGACCAAGUGACAUUGCCUGAGUCUGAAUCGCAAGAAAAGGACCCACACAUGCUCGAUGCGCCGGCGUCAUCAGCUGCACCCGCUGAAUCGGGCAGCAAGUCUACGUCUCCUGUAGGCCAGACGCCUGUCCAUGUCGUGGUCCCAAUAUCUUCUGAGGCUCGUUCCUCAUCGGCCGCAUCCUCGACUGGUAUUGUGCCAGGGUCCUCAGGUCCUAGUGGUGCUUCGGAGCCGGAAAUUCCUCUUAUCCAAGCUCCAAUUUCUCUCGAGCAUGCCAUGAGCAUGGUUAAGCCUUGUCUUAUCAUUGAGUACUGUGAUCGAUGUCGCUGGCUUCAUCGGGCAACGUGGCUUCAGACGGAAUUGCUGCUCACCUUCUCUGAGAAGGCAUUUUUGGACGACAGCUGUUCUCAGGCUUCUGGCGGUGGGUUCAUUGCCUCCACUUUAUUGAUCCCACAUGCCACGACAGACACGGCUGGUCAGUUCCGUGUUUGGAUUGUCAAGUCUGAAGGCACACGUGAGUCAACGGAAGUCAUUCUUAUUUGGGACCGAAAGACCCGUCGUGGCUUCCCUGAGCUACGCGAGCUCAAAAACUUAAUUCGCGACAGAGUGGCUCCUAAGCAAAACUUGGGCCACUCUGAACUGCCUUAG